AUGGGACAAAACACACUAAGUGACAACAACCAAACAAUCACCAUAUCUGGAUUACAGGACUCCUUCCAAACCAACUUUUCAUGGUCCUUUCAUAACUGGUCCUCUUUAGCUGAUGUUAUUAGUGAAUGUAACAAAAACGGAACUCCUCCUGCACGUUUACCCAUCCAGAUCCUUAUCCUAGUACUUGCCCUUCCGGUAAACAUAGCCUUGGUCUGGCUGCUGCUGAAGAACAAAAGGGCACUUUCGCCUUCUGAGGUUUUAGGUCUCAACCUUGCUGUUCUCAGUAUCCUCUAUUGCCUCAGCCUGCCAUUAGAUAUUUAUAUUUCAACCAGGCAGCGCUCUGGACUACUUCUCCGAAUCUCGCACACCUUCACCAUCCUCAGUUACUUCGGCUGCCCCCUCCUGUUGACCAGUAUGUGUGUGGAACGCUAUGUAGCUGUGUCACACCCCGUGGUCUUCAUGAAGCUGGGGAAAUGGGAGUAUCGUGCCGCAUGUUCUGCCUUCAUCUGGCUGCUCACCUUCAUCAUGGCAGGGGCCACCUACAUCUACACCCUCUCCAUCGUUGCUAUACCCCUGUCACUAAUCAUGAACAUUCUCUUUCUCCUCAUGCUGGCUUGUCUGCUGGGCAUCGUGUGGGUGCUCUGCAAAAAGGGCCCAGGUGCAAGCACGCCUGGGGAACAACGUGAUUCAUCUAUAAAGAAGAGAGCCCUAAAAAACAUUCUAGCUGUAAUAGUGCCCUCCACUUUAACAUACCUGCCAAUACUGGCCAUGGCCCCUUUUCUCCUGUUGCUCCAGGCAAUUGGGGACACAGGUUUGAACAUGUUACUCUGCAAUGGUUUGCAGAUGUUCAGUGUUAUCCCCAAUUUCGGGGUCUGCAUUGGACCUGUGUUCUAUGUGUCCCGGGCCAGGCAAGUGCUCUGCUGCUAUAAAAAUGAGACCAGAAACUCGAGAGAGACCAAAACAGAGAAUGAGACAAACUAA